GCAGCAGCAACACGUUUUAUGCUGAGUUGUCGACGCUCUAUGGAAGUUUGUUAAAACUUCGAUGACAUGUUUCUUGUCAUUGUGUUGCAGUAUGCUAUAUUCGCAGCGACCACAAUUUACAAUUCUUAAGCCAUAACGUCAAACACCAGGCUAUCUUUCUCCCGUUUGAAGGAACCAAAAGAAGGUUGCUUUCGCGGUCCAAGAACGCGGAAUUCUACAUACUCACCAGGCUUGGCUUAACUAAAGUUUCCGUGAAUCUCGAUUGGGUAGCCCCGUCUCUUGCGUCUCGUGCCAAGAUGAAGAGCCUAUCAGUGGUGCUGGUGAAACUGCAAGGACACAAUGGACCAAAAUGGAAGGACGGGCAGACGCAGACCAACAGAGACGCAGAACAACCCGAGACCAAGUCCGUGUCUCUGGCCCAGAUGAAGAGGGUAUCAGUGGUGCUGGUGGACUGCUGCAGACCACAAGGACGACAAGUGAAGGAGGAGGAUGAGAUGCAGACGCAGACCAACGGAGAUGCAGAACAACCCGAGACCAGAGGUGGUCAAAGAGUUCGAAGAGCUUCGAAGAGCUCCAAGAGGAGGCCAGAUCUCGAAGCACGUCAGAUAACAAAAGUGGGGAAAGAGCCACAUCAAUGUUCUGAGUGUGGAAAGACCUUUGGUAGUUUAUCACAUCUGGUCAGACACCAGAGGAGCCAUACUGGAGAAAAGCCAUUUCAUUGUUCAGAGUGUGGAAAGACGUAUGCUCGGCUGUUUGGUCUGAAGACACACCAGACGAUCCAUACUGGGGAAAAGCCAUAUCCGUGUCCUACAUGUGGGAAGAGGUUCAGAACCAGUGAAUCCCUGGCUAGCCAUAAGAGAACACAUACUGGAGAAAAGCCAUAUCACUGCUCAGAGUGUGGGAAGACUUUUAGGCAGGCGUCUAUUCUUAGAGCUCACCGGAUGAUCCAUACUGGAGAAAAGCCACAUGCGUGUACUACGUGUGGGAAGUCCUUUAAUAGGAAGGCUUCUCUCAGGAUACACCUGCAAACUCAUUCCGGGGGGAAAAGUUAUCACUGUCGUCAGUGUGGAAAGUCCUUUAGACAGAAGGUUAAUCUAAAUUCACACAGGUGCAUUCGUAACGAGGGAAAUUUGUUUCAUUGUUCUAAAUGUGAAAAGACGUUUACUCAGGCGGGCCAUCUCAAGAGUCACCAAAUGGUCCAUACUGGGGAAAAGCCAUAUCUGUGUACUGCCUGUGAGAAGAGUUUCAAAACCAGGCAAGAGCUCGAUCAUCAUAAGGUAAUACAUUCAGGAGAAAAGCCAUAUCACUGCUCAGAUUGUGGAAAGACUUUUAGUCGGAUCCCUUCUCUUAAAUUGCACCAGAAGAUCCAUACUGGGGACAAGCCACAUCAGUGUACUACAUGUGAGAAGAGUUUUAAGAGUAAAAAACAGCUGAUUGACCAUAAGGGAAGACAUUCUGGUAAAAAGCCAUAUCAGUGUUCAGAUUGUGGAGAAGCUUUUUAUUAUGCAUCUAAUCUCAAAAGACACCAGGCAAUCCAUACUGGGAGAAAGCCACAUCAGUGCACUACAUGUGAGAAGAGUUUUAGGAGGAACACAGAGCUCGUUUACCAUAUGAGAACACAUUCUGGAGAAAAGCCAUAUCCAUGUAAAACGUGUGGAAUGUCCUUCAGUGAACGGGAUUGUCUUAAGAAACACCAGAGAAUCCAUACUGGAGAAAAGCCAUAUCAGUGUUCUACAUGCGGGAAGAGUUUUAGAACCAGUGGGAAGCUUACUAUCCAUAAGAGAAUCCAUACUGGAGAAAGGCCAUAUCAGUGCUCAGAAUGUGAUAAGACUUUUACUCAGGGGAUAAUUCUUGCGCUCCAUCAGAGAACACAUACUGGAGAAAGGCCACAUCAGUGUUCAGAGUGUGGAAAUACUUUUUCUCAGGCAUGUGAUCUCAAGAAACAUCUGAUGAUCCAUACUGGACAAAGGCCAUAUCAAUGCUCAGAUUGUGGAAAGACUUUUUCUCUGGCAUGUCAUCUCAAGAAACAUCUGAUGGUCCAUACUGGAGAAAAGCCACACCACUGUUCUACAUGUUGGAAAUGUUUCAGAUUCAAAGGAGAGCUUACUGUCCAUCAGAGAACACAUACAGGGGAAAAGCCAUAUCAGUGUUCAGAGUGCGGAAAGACUUUCAUAGAGGCGGGUAGUCUCAAGAAACACCAGAGGAUCCAUACUGGAGAAAGGCCAUACCAGUGUUCAGAUUGUGAAAAGACUUUUACAGAUCCGAGUCAACUCAAGAAACACCAGAUGAUCCAUACUGGGGAAAAGCCACACCAGUGUUCAGACUGUGGAAAGACUUUUACUCUGGCGAUUACUCUCAAGAUACACCAGAUGAUCCAUACUGGGGAAAAGCCACAUCAGUGCACUUCAUGUGAGAAGAGAUUCAGAACCAGUGGAGAGCUCACUAUCCAUCAGAGAACACACACAGGAGAAAAGCCAUAUCAGUGUUCAGAGUGUGGAAAGAUCAACGUAAGAAAGUAUUGCCUCAGGAUACAUGAGAGGAUCCAUACUGGAAAAAAGCCCCAUCAGUGUUCAGUUUGUGGAAAGACUUUUACUCAGGCAGGUAAUCUCAAGACACAUCUGAUGAUCCAUACUGGAGAAAAACCAUAUCCGUGUUCAGAUUGUGGAAAGACUUUUUCUGGUGCGGGUGAUCUGAAGAGACACCAAAGGAUCCAUACUGGACAAAAGCCAUAUCAGUGUUCAGAUUGUGGAAAGACUUUUUCUCGGUCGUAUCAUUUCAAAACACAUCUGAUGAUCCAUACUGGAGAAAGGCCAUAUCAGUGUGCUACAUGUGGGAAGAGUUUCAAAACCAGUGGAGCGCUUAUUGUCCAUGACAGAAUACAUACUGGAGAAAAGCCAUAUCACUGUUCACAUUGUGGAAAGACAUUUACUGAGGCAGGUUCUCUCAAAAAACAUCAGACGAUCCAUACUGGAGCAAAGCCAUAUCACUGUGCUACAUGUGGGAAGGAUUUCAAAACCAGUAGAGUGCUUAAUGUUCAUAAAAGAAUACAUACUGGAGUUAAACCAUAUCAGUGUUCAGAUUGUGGAAAGACUUUUACUCGGGCAGAUAGUCUGAAGGGACACCAGAGGAUCCAUACUGGGGAAAAGCCAUAUCAAUGUUCAGAUUGUGGAAAGACUUUUGCUCAGGCAAGUCAUCUGAAGAUACAUCAGAUGAGCCAUACUGGGGAAAAGCCAUAUCAGUGUCCUACAUGUGGAAAGGGUUUCAAAACCAGUAGAGUGCUUACUGAUCAUCAGAGCAUACAUUCUGGAGUAAAGCCAUAUGAGUGCUCAUAUUGUGGAAAGACUUUUGCUUAUGUGAGUAAUCUGAAGACACACAAGAGGAUCCAUACUGGACAAAAGCCAUAUCAGUGUGCUACAUGUGGAAAGGGUUUCAAAACCAGUACAGAACUUACUGUCCAUCAGAGAACACAUACUGGAGAAAAGCCAUAUCACUGUUCAUAUUGUGGAAAGACUUUUACUCAGGCAGGUCACCUCAAAACACAUCAGAUGAUCCAUACUGAACAAAAGCCAUAUCAGUGUUCUCAGUGUGGAGAGGCAUUUGGUAAAACAUCUCUUCUUAGGAGACACGAGAGGAUCCAUACUGGAGAAAAGCCAUAUCAGUGUGCUACAUGUGGAAAAAGCUUCAGAAGGAAAGGAGAACACACUCUUCAUAAGAAAACACAUACUGGGGAAAAGCCAUAUCAGUGUUCAGAUUGUGGGAAGACUUUUACUCAGGUGAGUAGUCUCAAGACACACCAGGUGAUCCAUACUGGAGAAAAGCCAUAUCAGUGCUCAGAUUGUGGAAAGACUUUUCGUCGGGUGAAUGAUGUCAAGACACACCAGAUGAUCCAUACUGGGGAAAAGCCGUAUCACUGCACUACAUGUGGGAAAAGCUUCAGAACGACAAGACAGCUCACUCUCCAUCAGAGAACACAUACUGGAGAAAAGCCAUAUCAGUGCACUACAUGUGGGAAGAGUUUCAAAACCAAUAGAGAGCUCACUCUCCAUCAGAGAACACAUACUGGAGAAAAGCCAUAUCAGUGCUCAGAAUGUGGAAAGACUUUUCGUCGGGUGAAUGAUGUCAAGACACACCAGAUGGUCCAUACUGGAGAAAAGCCAUAUCACUGCACUACAUGUGGGAAGAGAUUCAAAACCAGUAGAGAGCUCACUUUGCAUACAAGAACACAUACUGGAGAAAAGCCGUAUCAGUGCACUACAUGUGGGAAAAGCUUCAGAACGACAAGACAGCUCACUCUCCAUCAGAGAACACAUACUGGAGAAAAGCCAUAUCAGUGCACUACAUGUGGGAAGAGUUUCAAAACCAAUAGAGAGCUCACUCUCCAUCAAAGAACACAUACUGGAGAAAAGCCAUAUCAGUGCUCAGAAUGUGGAAAGACUUAUGCUCAGGUGAGUAAUCUUAAGACACACCAGAUGGUCCAUACUGGAGAAAAGCCAUAUCACUGCACUACAUGUGGGAAGAGAUUCAAAACCAGUAGAGAGCUCACUUUGCAUACAAGAACACAUACUGGAGAAAAGCCGUAUCAGUGCACUACAUGUGGGAAAAGCUUCAGAACGGCAGGAGAUCUCACUGUUCAUCAGAGAACACAUACUGGAGAAAAGCCAUAUCAGUGCUCAGAUUGUGGAAAGACUUUUACUAAUACAAGUAAUCUCAAGGUACACCAGAUGAUCCAUACAGGGGAAAAGCCAUAUCACUGCUCUACAUGUGGGAAGAGAUUCAUAGACAGUGCAAAUCUCACUAUGCAUACGAGAACACAUACUGGAGAAAAGCCAUAUCAGUGCACUACAUGUGGGAAGAGAUUCAGAGGCAAAAGACACCUCACUCUCCAUAAGAUAAUACAUACUGGAGAAAAGCCAUAUCAGUGUUCAGAUUGUGGAAAGACUUUUAAUCAGGUGGGUAAUCUCAAGAGACACCAAAGGAUCCAUACUGGAGAAAGGCCAUAUCAGUGUUCUCAGUGUGGGAAGUCUUUUACUAGUGUGAGUUAUCUUAAGACACACCAGAUGAUCCAUACUGGGGAAAAGCCAUAUCAGUGCACUACAUGUGGGAAGAGAUUCAAAACCAAUACAGAGCUCACUGUCCACAAGAGAACACAUACCGGAGAAAAGCCAUAUCGGUGCUCAGAUUGUGGAAAGACUUUUACUAAUGUGAGUAAUCUUGAGGUACAUCAGAGGAUCCAUACUGGAGUAAGGCCAUAUCAGUGCUCAGAAUGUGGAAAGACUUUUACUACUGUGAGAAAUCUCAAAAUACACCAGAUGACCCAUACAGGGGAAAAGCCAUAUCACUGCACUACAUGUGGUAAGAGAUUCAAAACCAAUAGAGAGCUCACUAUCCAUAAGAUAACACAUACUGGGGAAACCUACCAGUGUUCAGAUUAUGGAAAGACUUUUAAUCAGGUGAGUAUUCUCAAGAGACACCAGAUGAUCCAUUCUGGAGAAAGGCCAAAUCAGUGUUCUCAGUGUGGGAAGUCUUUUACUAGUGUGAGUUCUCUUAAGAGACACCAGAUGAUCCACACUGGGGAAAAGCCAUAUCAGUGCACUACAUGUGGGAAGAGAUUCAGAAGAGAAGGACAUCUCACUCUCCACAAGAGAACACAUACUGGAGAAAAGCCAUAUCGGUGCUCAGAUUGUGGAAAGACUUUUACUAAUGUGAGUAAUCUCAAGAUACACCAGAUGAUCCAUACUGGGGAAAGCCAUAUCACUGCACUACGUGUGGGAAAACAUACAUAAGUAAUAUGGAGCUCACUAUCCAUAUGAGAACACAUACUGGGGAAAAGCCAUACCAGUGUUCAGAUUGU